GAAUGCUGUGAGGCAAUAUUCUUAUUGAAACAUUCAACUGAUGUGUCAGUUGUCAAAGAUAAGAUGAUGGCAACAUUUCAAUACCGCCAGACGCUAGUUCAGGACCAGCAAAUCUCUGCAACAGUCUUGGAUGUGUUCCCCGCGGUUUCUCGACAUCCCCGGCUUGAUUGACCAAGAUUUUACCAUGAUGUUUGGAGAAGAGGUUUCUGGCAGAUUUUUGGCAAAAUGGCCGACGUACUUCAAACCCAGGCUCCUGGCAGACUGCAAGAACCGGACUUCUAAUGAGCAUGUUGAAGAACUCUUGUCUGCGCAGCAAAACUCAAAUGAGUCUGGCUGGGACAGUGACCUGUCAAGCGUUCUACUGCUGGUUCACCUGCUCCCCCCUACGUCAAAAGGCCACAAGAAGAGUGCUAAGAUUAGCUCAUAUCAAGCUGUCAACCAUGUGGCGAGAUAUCUUAAGAUUGGAACCAGUGUUGAGGCCUUCCUAGGGAGCUUGGAACCAGGACAGCCCUUCCUCCUCUGUGUUGGUGAACAGAAGAACAACAUUCAGAGGUUCUAUGUCAUCGUUGACCAGAAGGCCAUUCCUUGCAAGGAGCAAACAUCCCUGGCAGCUUUCGAUGAGCUUUUCAAGGCACACUUCAUCUUCAGUGUUAACUACCAUGAAUCCCUCAACAGCUUCUACACAUUCAUCCAAACCACAGUGUUUAACAUCGACUUGGGAAGUACCAAGGAAAGUCCCAGAGUAAAGGAACUCAGAGCAAGGCUGUUUCACACUAAUAUUUGAGCUGAUACACUUCCUUGUUUGCAAAUAUGCUGAUAUGUUUUAUUUGUAAGGCACACCAGAAAAGUUCUGCAUUGCUUUGUCAGCAUUUGAGACUUCGCCAUGGAUUAUAUCCAGGAAAGACAUUACGUAUGAAAUGUGGACAACCGGGAUGUUCUUUAUCAUUUUGUACGUAUUCAGGGUUCAAAAAACACCUUGUUCGUUUGCACAAGGACACUUGUUCACCAAAUAAACACCUCGUUCAUUUGCACAGGGCCACUUGUUCACCAAAUACUAUUGACAAUGUGGACGCUCAAAGUGAAGGUGAUGAGCCUUCAAGUUCUCAGGCAUUCUGUACAGACACUCCAGUAACUAGCCGGACCUCUGUUGACAAGCAUCAUUUGUUAAACCUGUGUAGAUCUGUUGUAGCACAAUUGCAAGCAUCAGGUGUUGCUGAGAGCACUGUCCAAGCAAUGGUAGGGUCAAUGGAAGAGCUUGUAAAUGACAUUCAUGAGCAAACAAGAGAAGCUGUUCUCAGCUGUACUUCUUCAGAGAUUCAAGCAACCGAUUUGGAAGAAAAGGUGGAAAAUUGUUUUGAUCAAUUGGAAAAUCCUUUCUCAGUCUUAAAUACAGCAGCCAAACGACAGAAGUUCUUUGAGGAAAAGUGGGAAAUAGUUGAACCUGUAGAGUAUGUUCUUGGGGUGCGUUUUGAUUUGCGAAGAGAUCGGACAACAGGAGUUUACAAUCAGAUCCCUGUAACAGAUAAAUUUGUGUAUGUACCCAUCUUGGGAACCCUGAAAUCUAUGUUUAAGAAUAGUGAAUUAUGUGAAAGUUUCCUGUAAGUCAAGCAACAUAAAGAAGGUGUUUAUAAAGAUAU